GGGGCAAGAAGCAGACAAAUUGUCUUUUUGCGGUGUCUGCUGAUCAGUGCGCACACAGUCCGCGGGCUUGAAGAAAAGAAGCAAGAAGACAGAAAAAGUGUGAUCGUAGCCGGCAUCUUGUCAGCAUGUCGGGGAACAACAAGGAGGCGGACGGCGGCUGGAGGACAUUCGUGUGGAAUUCGGAGAAGAAAGAGUUUCUGGGUCGAACUGGCGUCAGUUGGAUGAAAAUCCUUCUCUUCUAUGUCAUCUUCUACGGAUUCCUGGCCGCCAUCUUCGUGGGGACCAUCCAGGUGAUGCUGCUCACCUUGAGCAACACCAAGCCCACCUACCAGGACCGAGUGGCCCCCCCAGGUCUGUCACACUUACCACGCUCGGAGAAGAUGGAGAUCUCCUUCAGCAUGAGCGACCCCAAAACCUACGAAAAGUACGUGGCGAGCAUGGGGAAGUUCCUGGAACUGUACAGCGACGACGUCCAGGACGACCCUCGCACCUUUGAGGACUGUGAUGAUGACUCCUCCUACAAGGAGCGCAGCAUCAUGGAGAAUGAGGUACGCAAAGCCUGCCGCUUCAGGAAGUCCAACCUGGAGGUCUGUGCCGGCCUUGAUGACCCCAGCUUCGGCUUCAGCCAGGGGAGACCUUGCAUCAUCACCAAGCUCAACAGGAUCGUCAACUUCAGGCCCCAGCUUCCGUCCACCAACGCGCUACCAGAGUCUCUGGCCAACAGAACGCAGCCCAACGCCAUCCCCAUCUUCUGCACCAACAAGAAAGAGGAGGACGCGGGCAAGGUGGGCGAGAUCAGCUACCUGGGCUUCAACGGCCACUUCCCCCUGCGCUACUACCCGUACUACGGCAAGCAGCUGCACCCCCACUACCUGCAGCCCCUGGUGGCCAUCAAGUUCCUCAACCUCACCCUCAACCAGGAGGUGCGCGUGGAGUGCAAGGUCUACGGCGCCAACAUCAAGUACAGCGAGAAAGACCGCUACCAAGGACGCUUCGACAUCAAGUUCACCAUCAAGUCGUGACCUCCACCCCCGAGCAGCGCGCCGGCGCUUUAAACACAACGGAAACAAAAAAAAAAAAAGCAAGUCCGAUUUAGAAGCAAUUGAUAUUAGAAAAAGGCCACCGCCGUAAUCUGCAGGAGCUGCGUGUGCUUCACCCGUCUGUGCGUCCCGUAGCCAUAGCAACAUAUUUAUUCUACAUGGAAAACUGCCACUCCAUCACUACUGACGUCUGCGUGUCUUGUAAUUUCUCCUGUCUGGUCGGCUUCUAGUAAUUUCUCCUGUCUGGUCGGCUUCUAGCGUGCGUGUGCGUGUUAAUGUUGCUCCGACUAACUCAAAUAUGGUAGCUCCAACCUCCUCGGAAAGGAUCCCAUCACUUCUUUAUUUUGCUGUGUUUUUUUUUCCCCCCCCUUCUAGGUUUUUAGUCCACGCGGGCUCGGAAUGUUUUAGCCACGUCCGACGCUGGAAGAGUUUUAUAUUUAUGCAGUUGUACAUUUUAUUUUUUUGUUUCAAAAUGUUUCAAUCCGAUACCAAAGUGGAAAGAAUAUAUCCGAGGCGAGGCCGUAGAUGUGAAAAGAAAAAAGAAAACAAAAAAAAAAAAACACUUUGUCGGGAGUCUUCUGGUCACUUUAUUUCAUCUGGCUGAAACAAUAAAAAGGCAAAAAAGGUG